UACAAUUGAGUCCCCAUUUCCACGCCCACCACCAUUCUUUUGCAGCCCAUAACUCUCUUCUUCUUCUUCCCUCCAUCUUCCCCUCAUUGAUUUUUCACUUCUUUCUCUCCCCUAUCAUCGUCUCCUUUUCCCCUCUUUUAAUUCCCUCUUUCUAUUUCAGUAAACGCCCAAUUUCAGUUCCACCAUAAGUAUUGCUCUGCAGCUCUCAAUAGCAACAACGAGAACUGUGUGUGGCAUUUUAGUACCGCCGUUUCUCUCUUUGAUCAUCGUCGUUUUGAAGGACUACUAGUUGGAUUUUCCGUUCUUGGCAGGAAACUCGUCGAUGACUUUUUUUUUCUUCACUUGACAAAAGUACACCGGAAUCUUCUUUUUAUUGCAUAUCAAGUAGAGAAGAUCAGAAAGUGAUGCAGAAGCAGAGUUCACAUCACUCAUUUUCAGGUCAUUCUUAUAGUCCACCCAUGGCUAAGCCCAAAGAAAAGGAAAAUGCAUGGGGUAAUUUCCACAAAGCUGAUGCUUUCGAUGCUUCCAGCGUUACUACACUAUUCUCAAGCUCAUUGCCGGUUCUUCCGCAUGGGAAGCUGAACAUGAUCGACAAAGGAGUUACUAUUCAAUCGGUUGAUGACAUCUCGUCUCGCUUUAAGAAUCUCAACCCAGGUCCAGAGGGGGAUGAUGUGCUUGAAGACAUCGAAACUCAUGCAAUUGGCAGCUUGCUUCCCGAUGAUGAGGAGGAGCUUCUAGCGGGAAUAUUGGAUGAUUUAGAUCUGAAUGGCUUGCCUACCUCUCUUGAAGACUUGGAAGAAUAUGAUCUUUUCAGUAGUGGAGGUGGCAUGGAGUUGGAAACAGAUGCUCAACAAAAUGCUAGCAUUGGUUCUUCAAGGGUAAGCUUAGGUGAUGGUGCAAUUGGAAGUGUGGUGCCUCCUUAUACCUUUUCAAAUGGUAAUGGAACGGUUGCUGGAGAACAUCCUUAUGGAGAGCAUCCUUCAAGAACGUUGUUUGUGCGGAAUAUUAAUAGCAAUGUUGAAGAUUUGGAACUGAGAGCUCUCUUUGAGCAAUAUGGCGAUAUUAGGACUUUGUAUACUGCGUGUAAACAUAGGGGCUUUGUGAUGAUAUCUUAUUAUGACAUUCGUGCUGCUCGAACUGCUAUGCGUGCAUUGCAAAAUAAACCACUGCGGCGGAGAAAACUUGACAUUCACUUCUCAAUUCCCAAGAAUAAUCCAUCUGAGAAGGAUAUAAAUCAAGGAACCUUGGUAGCCUUUAAUUUAGAUCCCUCAAUUCCCAAUGAAGAUCUUCAUCAAAUUUUUGGGGUCUAUGGGGAGGUCAAAGAGAUAAGGGAAACUCCACACAAGAGACACCAUAAGUUUAUUGAGUAUUAUGAUGUUAGAGCUGCUGAAGCAGCACUGAAGGCAUUAAAUAGAAGCGACAUUGUUGGCAAACGCAUAAAGCUAGAACCAAGUCGCCCUGGCGGAGCUCGUCGAAGCUUGAUGUUGCAACUAAAUCAAGAACUUGAACAAGAUGAUUUCUGGAGUUUCCGCCAUCAAGGUUCACCGGUUAUCAAUUCUCCCCCAGCAUCUGUGACAGGUAAAUGGAUGUCGUUCAACGGUUCGAUUAAACCUAGUUCCAUGGGAAGUAGCAGCAACUUUCCGGGUUUUACAUCCAUAAGCCCAACAGGUGGCAACCAUUUGGCUGGAUUAGCUUCUGUUCUUCCUAAAGUAACAAGAAGUAAUGUGAAGGUUCCUCCUAUUGGCAAGGACCAGCAUCCAUUGUAUAUAAAUCCAUUGCAUGCCUUUCAACCAUCCCUUUCAUUCCCCGAACCAAAAUCAAGGCCCUAUAAUGAGACUAUGCCCUCCUUCAGACCUCCCACAUCAAGUGGAUCAUGUGUGGAAGCGUUAUCCGGUCCACAAACUUUUUGUGGAAGUCAGAAUUCAUACACAGAGUCCUCUAGUUCUUCUGCUUGGUCAAGAUCGUACACAAACCUUCAGUUCUUAUCCAAUGGAAAUGGUCAUACAUUUCCGUUUCCCGGCCGACAAACUUCUUUCUUCAGCUCAACUCCCACUGCUCUUUCGCAUCAUGUCGGAUCUGCUCCAUCUGGUGUCCCGUCGGAGAGGCACUUUGGGUAUUUCCCCCAGUCACCAGAUACUUCGUUAAUGGGUCCUGGGGCAUUCAGAGGUUUAAGCUUUAGUUCACAUGCUCCUGUAAACCCCGCCAUCACCACACCGAGAAACAUGUCUGAAAUUCACCCUUCGACUUUUCAAAUGAUGUCUUCAUCCAUGCUGAACUCGAUGUUAUCAGGUAGUGUUCCAUACUUGGGACUGCUACCAAACACCCUGGAUGGUUUGAAUGAGCGUGGCAGAAGCCGAUGGAUUGAGAAUAACGGAAAUCAGAUUGACAGUAAGAAGCAGUUUCAGCUUGACUUGGAUAAAAUUAAGGGCGGGGAAGACACUCGAACAACCUUGAUGAUAAAAAACAUCCCGAAUAAGUACACGUCAAAAAUGUUAUUAGCUGCCAUUGAUGAACAUCAUAAGGGUACUUAUGAUUUUCUCUAUUUGCCAAUUGAUUUUAAGAAUAAAUGCAACGUCGGCUAUGCUUUCAUCAAUAUGCUAUCUCCUCAACACAUAAUAUCCUUUUAUGAGGCUUUUGAUGGAAAGAGAUGGGAGAAGUUCAAUAGUGAGAAAGUUGCUUCCUUGGCAUAUGCUCGUAUCCAAGGAAAGAUGGCUCUCAUGAGUCAUUUCCAGAACUCAAGCUUAAUGAAUGAAGAUAAGCGCUGCCGCCCCAUUCUUUUUCACUCAGACGGGCCUGAGGCUGGAAAUCAGAUUCUUCAUGAACAUCUGCCAUCCUCCCAUUUGGGCAUCAAUAUCUGGGCGAUGAAUGAUUCGUCGGGAAGCCCUCCAAGUAACGGCAUUAGUGAGGGGCUUGAUAAAUUCUAAACGCAGCAUCAUCGCCCUCUGCCCAGAUCUGUAGCUGCUGAAUUUCUAACUCGAGUAAAUAAUCGUACAUAUGUCAGGAACAGUUGGAUUAGGAAGAACAAACAUAUGCAGAUUUUGUUUAUAAUGUGCUUUCUGCAGUGUUUUGGUUGGAAGAUUGGAUGGAGAUGGAGUGGCUGGUUCCAUGUCGGUUGCUGUCUUCGGUCUCGGCUGCCCAGUGUUGUUUAUGCACUGAAUUAGUCCAUGAUUUCUCCUACAUUUUGGGAGCUUCUUUUUGCCUUCCCCCUAAAUGUUGGUUUGAGAAAUGAGAAACAAUGUAUAUACCACAGUUGAUUGUGUUUUUUGGUUGGGAAGCUUUGAGAGGAGGAACCACACAAUUGUAUAGCGGGUAGGACCUUUGCAACUUCUAUGCCCAAAACUUGUUUCAGCUUUUUAAAUACAAGUUCAAUUGCUUUGUGUUUAUACCA